GGAAAAAAACACCAUGCACCAAAUCAUCAUUCUUCUAGGUGUAUUAGUUCUUCUAUACUUCCUACUCGUCAGGUUCAUAUAUUUCACCCUAUGGAUCCCAUUCAAAAUCCAACGUCAUCUCAACAGACAAGGAAUCAAAGGCCCCCGAUACCGUCCGAUAUACGGAAAUACUUGCGAGUUCAAGAAUGAACUCGACCGGACUUACGAAAAACCCAUGGGAUUAAUCAGCCAUGAUAUCAUUCAUCGUGUAGAUCCAUGCUUCCACAAGUGGAGUGCCAUGUACGGUAAAACUAUGUUGUUUUGGCAUGGGUCAAUUCCGAGGCUAACCAUAGCUGAGCCGGAAAUGCUGAAAGAGGUUUUCCUUAACAAAUCGGGUAAGGUUAUCAAAGUCAGCCUUCCGCCGCUUGCUAACCAGCUCUUCGGUAAGGGACUUGUUGGGUUGGAGGGUGAGAAAUGGUCCGUUCAUCGGAAAGCUGCCAAUCCGGCUUUCUUCGUCGACCGAGUAAAGUCAUGGAUUCCCGAAGUUGUAGAUAGUACUAAAAAGGUUGUUGAAAGGUGGGAAAAUGACCUAGGAGGAGUGGGUGAAAUAGAAGUGGAUGUGCUCAAGGAAUUCCACAUUCUAUCCACAGAAAUAUUGUCGAGAACAGGAUUUGGUAGUAACUUUGAGGAAGGAAGGCGCAUUCAUGAAUUGAUUGAUCGACAAGCUCAGUUGACAAUGCUGGCUUUAAGGAGUGUUUACAUACCAGGUUUCAGGUUCUUGCCGACUCGGAACAACCGAUUGAGGCGCAAUCUCAGUAACCAAACCCGACGGCUGAUAAGGGAUUUGAUUGAGAGGCAGAGAAAAGUUGGAGGGAAUUCAAACUGCCUUCUGAGCUUCUUAAUCAACGGCGAAUUGUCAACUGAAGAAGUGAUUGACGAAUGCCAAACUUUCUACUUUGCAGGAAAAGAAAUCGUCGCGAUAUUCUUGUCUUGGACACUUUUACUUUUAGCAUUGCACCCAGAGUGGCAAACUAAGGCUCGAGAAGAAGUGUUUCAAGUCUGCAAGAACGACGAGUUUCCGAAUGGCGAUGCUUUGAAUGACAUGAAAGUUGUGACUAUGAUACUCAAUGAAACACUUCGGCUCUACCCUCCAAUUGCUGUUGUGGUGAGGCAGGCAUCCGAAAAUAUGAAGGUAGGAAACCUUGAUGUUCCAGCAGGCACGCAGUUUUAUUUGCCUAUUGCUGCUGCUCAUCAUGAUCCUGAAAUAUGGGGUCCAGACGCGAAUGAGUUCAAUCCACAAAGAUUUUCAGAGCCCCGAAAACAUUUGGCCUCGUUCAUUCCAUUUGUCAUAGGGUCAAGAAUGUGCAUUGCUCCAAAUUUUUCUAUCAUGGAAGGCAAAAUCAUCCUAGCUAUGAUUCUCAAGAAAUUCGCCUUCCAGCCCUCGCCGGCAUAUGUUCAUGCUCCCGCAACUUUCCUUACUAUUACUCCACUUUAUGGUGCUCAAAUUCUUUUCAGGAGGAUUUGAAAAAAACAACUGUUGCAGUUUGAGUUAUGUGCUAUCUUGUUUGUAUUCUUUUUGGAGAAACUUUUCAGUUUAUGAAUUCUAAGGAC